CACAUACUCACUACUCUCCUCUUCUCUCUUCCUGCGUCACACACACACCCACACAUACUGAAAACCCUUUUUUCUUCCCUAGAAUGAUUUUCAAAUUGCUCCAGAAUACAGAGAGUGGUGUGUUACUGUAAAUCGCUGCACCUUUCUCUCUCUAGCUUCGCCUAGGGUUUUGUGCUUUAAUGGAUGAUGCCACACCUGACCCUCAGUAUUUAGUGCUGAAUUUAUAUUUCAACUAACGAGAGGGAGUAGGAACAAGAAUCCGCAGAUAAAUCUUCUUCUGUGGGGAUAAAUAUUUUGUUGGUUAGGGUUUUCGUGUAUGUGAUGUGAUGAUGUCUUCGUCCACGGCGACGAAGGUGUGCUUCAAUUCCGGCUGCAAAGAGGUGUCGGAGAACUGGAGGAGAGGCUGGCGUCGCCGCACAGGCGACUAUGCUCGCCUCUGUGAUCGCUGCGCCUCUGCUUAUGAGGAUGGAAAAUUUUGUGAGACAUUUCACUCAAAAGCUACUGGGUGGAGAUGCUGUGAAUCUUGUGGAAAGCAAAUACACUGUGGAUGUAUAGUUUCGUUCCAUAUGUUUGUACUAUUGGAUGCUGGAGGUAUAGAGUGCCUUACAUGUGCAAAAAAAAGUUACAUACUGACCCCAAAUCCAGCGUGGCCUCCACCUUCUCAUUUUCUUCCUUCACAACCUGAAACGGUCAAGGACAUUUCUGUGAAAACUUGGAGUACAGUAGCUAACUCGGGCCAGAUGCCAUGGCAUCAGGCUCCUAGUCUGUUCAGUGGUUCUGAUACCCAUUCUCGUGUACAGCAAAGGAUGCCAUUUGAAAUCAAUGAAUCAGGAAGCAAUGACAGGUAUCACAUUGGUGAUAAAUUAUCCACUGCGCCUUUUGAGAUGAAACAACGAUAUGAAAGAUUAGUACCAGGUAAGCUGAGACUUGGCCCAUCUGAAACACCUCAAAAUGGACUUUCUGGGAUCAAUAUGAAGGAGCCAUCGUUUACCUUCAUUAAUGAUUUAAACCCAUUGUUCCCAAAAAAUGAUGAUUCUUCUUCAAACUUGAGUUUGGCAACAGCUGCUUCAUCUAGAAUUGAAACAGAUGACGCCCAACUUUCUUCUAUUUUUUCAAAAUCACAAGCCUAUUCAUUACCUGUGGGAAAACAGGUAAGUCACAGCAUGAUGGACCCAUCUGGUGAGGUUCAACUGCACAAUGAAAAGGCUCGAGGAGAUGUUCGAGGCCGAAAUCUGCUGCUUCCUCGAUAUCGCCCUCAAAUGUCUAACAAGGAGCUUCAACAAAUUUCUAGCAACUCAAAGUCAGUUAUUACUCCAUUGUUUGAGAAAAUGUUAAGUGCCAGUGAUGCUGGGAGGAUUGGGCGCCUGGUAUUGCCAAAAAAGUGUGCAGAGGCAUAUUUUCCGCCCAUCUGUCAUCCAGAAGGAUUACCUUUAAAGGUGCUGGAUGUGAAGGGAAAAGAAUGGGUAUUUCAGUUUCGAUUUUGGCCUAAUAACAACAGCAGAAUGUAUGUUUUGGAAGGGAUUACCCCUUGCAUACAGUCAAUGGAACUGCAAGCUGGGGAUGUAGUAACCUUUAGCCGGCUGGAACCGGAAGGGAAGUUGGUGAUGGGUGGUAGAAAGGCUUCUGCCAUUCAUCCAUCCGAUCAGGUAUAUGAUGCUCUUAUAGCGGGAAGUGAUACCUCAACUCCAGGUGAUAGCAGUGCAAGAAAUAGCUCUGCAGAUGUUCUUGUGAAUGGCCACAUAAAAGAAAAAGUCCUUGACGAUAAAAUCAUCAGCCAUAGUAAGAGGAAAAAUGGCAACAUUCCUGCAAAAAAUAAGCGGCUUAGGUUUGAAAAUGAUGAUGUAAUUGACCUAAAGCUUACUUGGAAGGAAGCUCAAAUGUUGUUGCGAGCACCUGCCAAAACCACUCCUUCAUUGAUUAUUGUGGACGGAUUUGAAUUUGAAGAAUUUGAGGAAGCUGCGCCAGUUAUUGGCAGACCUACUAUUCCAGGGGUAGAUCACUUUGGUGAAAAGAUCCAGUGGCUCCAAUGUGAAGACUGUUUUAAGUGGCGUAAAGUGCCUGCAGAUGCUCUUCUUCCUGCAAGAUGGACCUGUGCUGAAAAUGUUUGGGACCUUGACAGAUCAGCAUGCUCAGCUGUCGAGGAUUUAACGAAAGAACAGCUUGACCAUAUGCUACUUACCAUGAAUUCUUCCAAGAGAGAAGAGAGCGCCGAUGCUGAUCAGGACCCGGAUCUGAUUGUGGCUCUGGAAGCAUUUGAUCCACCUGUUUUAGCGAUCCAAGAUGAUGGAGAGGGUCCCCAUGCUUCAUCUGAAAACCGACCAAAACACCCGCGCCAUAAAACAGGCUGCACAUGCAUCGUAUGCUUCCGGCCUCCCAGUGUCAGAGGAUCCAAGCACAAGCAGUCGUGUGAAUGCGUCGUCUGCACUUCUUUGAGACUGCGUUUCAAAACCCUUAUGGAGAAAGAAGAGAAGAAACAAUUCAAGAUAGAAGCUGAAUCUUCUUUGCAGAAUUCAAAACCCAAAAACGCACAGGCACAGGCACAGGAUGCUGAUAAAUACACCAACACCUACACCCUAAAAUCUUCAGCUUCGUCUCUCAAAGGUAAAAUCGACCUCAACAUCCAGCCAGAGCGGGAGGAAGACUCGUCACCUGGCUCAGAUCCGGGCAAUAUGAAAUCUGCCCAUCCCAGCUCUUCGGAUAGAUUUUUCUUGCAGCAGGGGGGAUCUUUGGGUUCUAAUGUAAUCGGAGAUCUAAUCGAGAAGCAGAUUCAGCAAGAAGAUCGGAUCGGAGCAGGUUCUAGUGCGGGUACAGGUUUCAUUAGCUGUAGUAUAGCCAUGGAUGGGCAUAAUAAGAAAACUGUUUAGGCGAAGCAUCGUAUCCGGUCCAAAUAUAUAUGGAAGAAGGUACUCUCACUCACUCACUCACUAUUGCACAGAGGAAGUCAUUUAUGGCAGAGUUGAAAUUUUGUUACUUGUAAAUCUGCUUUGCCUUGUUGCAAUAUUGUUAAAGGUGUACAUAUAGGGAAGGGAAGUGGAGUAAAAAAGAAAAUUACAGGAAGAAGAGGGUAGGAGUUUGAAGGUCUGGUGGUGGUGGCAGAACAACGUUUAUAAUAUUGGUUUGAUGGAUGGGAUUGGCAGCUUUUGUGGGUUAUCUUAUGUUGGUUGUUUUGGCUGCUGCAGAUCUUUUUAAAAAUUUGUUAGGGAUAGGUAGAAUGAAGGGAUAUGACAAAUACCCAUGGAAGAAUGUUGUCGGUUGUUUUAUGUUGUUUGUAGGUUUUUAAUUUGAAUCACUGUUUAUAAUUUCUUUUUCAAAAAUAUAAAAUUUAAUAUAUGUUAUUUA